GGGAGUCAAUAUUGUGGUUCUCCUGUGGAGAACGGGGUGGAUCCACUCCCUCUUAAUAUACCCAGGCUAAGGAGGCUGAGCUUUACAUCUAAGAGAAGAAGCAGAGCAGCUGGAGUACACACACACACUACACACUACACACACUCACAAAACACACACGUACACACUGUAAACACACACUCACAUACAGAAACAGACAAACAGCAAGGCUGACACCGGCAGAUAUCUGAAGUUCUUGAGAGAGAGAGAGGGAGAGAGGACUUCACUUCCCAGACAGACAUGCUGAGGGGGACAGCUCUCUGGGCUGGCCUGAUGGGACUGUAUGUCAUCGUCACCCAGUGUCCAGCCGCCUGCCAGCUGAGCCAGGAGGACGCGGAGACCCUCAUGGAGCUGCACAACAGCUAUCGGGGCCAGGUGGUACCCAGUGCCACCUACAUGCGUAAAGUGAAAUGGGAUGAGAAGCUGAAGAUCCUAGCUGAGGGCUACGCUGUGAAGUGUGUGUUGGAACAGAACCCGGAUCUAGAGUUGCUGAACACGGGAGAGAACCUGUUUGUGUCAAAUGAGCCCUUGGACCUCAACAUGACCAUGGAGAAUUGGUUCUUGGAGCACCUAGACUACGACUACAACAACAACAGCUGCCAGGAUGACAGGAUGUGUGGACACUACACUCAGAUGGUGUGGGCGGACUCUCACUCUGUGGGCUGUGCUGCUCAUCGCUGUGACACCAUAGAGGGGCUGUCCUUCGAGAAAGUUACCUUCCUGGUCUGCAAUUAUUACCCAAAAGGUAAGUUUAAGGAUGGGAAACCCUAUGAGGAAGGUGAAUGGUGCUCCAAGUGCCCAGACAAUGUGCCACGAUGUGAUCAGAACCUCUGUGUGCCUGAUGCCCCCGAGCCUUCAGAGGAGCCUGAUGUUGAGGAGCAUGAUGCCCCCGAUCCUUCAGAGGAGCCUGAUGUUGAGAAGGAUACAACAGAGAGCUCUACCCCACACACAGGCACCGCCACAGAGCCUGGGUAUGAGGAGGAGGGGGAUGAGACAGGCACGGAGCCUGGGGACGAGGAGGAAGAGGAGGAGACAGGCACGGAGGCUGGGGAUGAGGAGGAAAAGGAGGAGUGGGAGGGGGAGGAGAGAGCAGCGGAGAGGGAGAAGGAGAGGACUAGGAACCAACCUCCAGCCAAUGCAGGAAGGAUCACUACCCCCCUACUUCUUGUUACCAGCCUAUUGGCUUUACUCUCACUAGGAUUGUGAGGGAAGGUAUGAGAGUAAGGCAUGACACACAUACACACACACUAUCUGGAACUGAACUGGACAUUGCUGGAAGUUGAAUUACAUUGUGCUAUAGCCAUGUCUAUAGCAGAGGGAUUUGUUGAUGGUUAUUUUGUUAUUAUUUGCUCGCUAGUAAUUAUUGUUGCUAGUUUGACAUAUGCCUUCUUAGCAAUAGCAAUAAGCACACAACAUACAAUAGUUAACAAUGUAUUAUAACAGUUGUAUAAUAACAGUUACGACCUGUUACAAAUGUAACAGCAAUACAUUUUCUUAAAGCAAGGCAUGUCCUCUACAUGAAUGUGAUUUGUAAACCUAAAGGAGCAUAACUACUGUCAAUAUUGAAUAUUUCUGUAAAUGUCUGUCUAUAGAGUAUAAUAAAUAUUGUUUCUUCUA